CUUCAUUUUUACCAGCUUUAUCCUUAAUUUGUUCCUACCGUCAUUUCAAACAAGACAAACAUACAAUAGAAAGAGCACGAAGAAGAGAGAAGGAAGCAAUAUACACACAGAUGAACCAGUAACGAUGUUUAAAGUACACAAACCAUCCACAGCACACACGUCUCCGCCGACUACAGCGAGUGUGGACGUUUUACUCAACUCCUUAGAUUUUGAAAAUGCACUCCCGAAGCCAAAGAUAUUGAAAUCGUGUAUACGGUGCCGGAAGCAUAAGACCAAAUGUGAUGCAUUCGAAAGACAGCCCAAUGCUUGUUCAAGCUGUGCAAAGAGAGGCGUUCAGUGUAAGAUCGACUAUGUGCUGCCACCACAGAGAUCCGACAAUCUGAAAAAUUUGGUUCAGAGCGUGAACGAGAUUAAAAAGGAGUUUGGCAAGCUGGAGUCAGGUUAUUCGCAGCUUUUCAAGGUUUUGGGGAUUCAAGUUGAAAGCUUUGACAGCUGGAAAAGCCAGAAACUGGCGAACAAUGAGGGAGAAGAAGAAGAAGCAGUUGACGAUUUAUCGCUGAUUAAACUGCCAAAUGGCUCAUUUAUAUCGCUUCAUCUCGUAUCAAGCGACAAGUUGUUAUUCAACAACAUGCUCAUAUCGAUAAACGAGUUGCACGCGAAAAUCUCUCAAUUGGUCUCUGAAAUGACCACCUUGAACUCAAUAUUCGUAUUCCAGGAGAAGACCGGGUAUGAUUCCGAUUCUAGCACCGCAUCAUCUGCACCAUCACCACACUCGCCAGUGGUGAAACAGGAGGGGCAUUCACCUGGGGAAAUCCCUAAACCAGGAGAUGACAAGCUGAAGCUUUUUGACCUGGAUUUAUCUCCGGAGUCGCUCUUCAACUCUAACCGGCUGAUGUUGGUGAUUCUGCUGGACUAUUUCUAUCCGUCUGAGAAUAAGAACUGCUCAAGUUUACUGCUGAGAAAUUUCUUGGAUUCCUUCUACACGGUGAUUGAGUCCUCGUCAAAGUCGUUGACCUCAUCGACCUACUCCACACACGUGCUCACUUCGAUAACUUCUACCCCUUCGCACUUCAGCAAACAGCAGAUGGCUGAACAUGUCGGGGUGGAGAUAUUUAACGGAGACGAUUUUCUACGCAGAGUUGUUGAGAUUCUGGGAAUGAAUGCCCUUUUAAACGGGGAUUUCGACUCGUUAUCCCACUUCAUCAAGUUUGUCGAGCUCAACGUAUGCUCCAACAGAAAGAAGCUGCACUUGGAUAGAAGCGGUCAUAUGAGAUUCUUUUCCAUGUCCCUAUAUCUGCAGAAUGUUUUCCAAAGAUCUGACGACCAGCUCAUCCAACGUAAGAGGUACAGAUCCAUCUCAAAGAACUAUGAACUGUUGGAGGACCUACUCUGUGCAUUGAACAAGUCUGAAGAGGAGAACGAAGCGUACUUGAAAAAACUCUACAAGAAAUUUCUGGUGAAGUUUGCACCUGUGUGGAACUUCUCAAGCAGAGACCAACCAUGGUUGAUCCAAUGGUUUAACGAAUUACGAGUGAUACUUGCGAUGUCCCUAAUACCAUCUUUCCCAGAGUUUAAAACGGUGCUAUCACAGUACAUGGGUUAUCAAGAUCCAAACAAGUCAUUGUCACUGCUCAUUGAGAACUAUAGUUCUCAAAGACCGUGUGAUUUAUCACAGUUUACACUCUGUUGUCCUCAAAUGGCCCAGAUGGCCAAUUUGGCACUUUGUAAAGAACAAACUGGAGCUCACAAUACGAUUGAUAUCCAGAUGAUUUUGGAACAAGUUGAUUGGAGGAAGGACAGCACGGAUGAUGUGUUAAAGAAGAUUGGCAUUCUUUGAGUCUCAUUGAGGCCUUUCUUUUAUAUCUAUUUUAUUUCCUAUUUAACGAUCUUCUUUUUUAUUCUCUAUUUAACGAUCCUCUUUUUUAUUAUUAUUAUGAUGUUAUUUAUAUUAUUAUGACUACUUUGUGAAGAGCAAUGUCAGAUUAACUGUGUGAAACUCAUCCUUACCCU